UAAAAUUUUGUGCACACAUCGCGCGAUAAAAGUGCGUUCCGCACAGUCGCGCUGACAGCACCUGUUACACGGUGGUAACUGCUGGUAAAAAUGAACCAGAUGGUUCUAUUAUCUACUAGAGCCGAACCGCUAAGCAGCCAUUUACAGUUUUAAUGAGUGACGCCAUUUUUGUCUCUGCAUGCACGUGGUUGGUAAAACUAAAUGUAAUUUAUUGAAUUCAAUAGGUUAUUGUAAACGUUGUUAAAUUAUUUCAAAAAAUUAAGCAAUCGCAUUAUUUGCGAACGCUGAUUACUGAGAUCUGCAAUAUACUCGUCCGGCGGCUUUUGUAUUGUAUCAUGGCGGACAGGUAUGAGGGUGACUUCGGUUCUAGAUUUGGAGGCCAUCGAGAUCACUAUGGCAAGCCAUCUAGACCGAUGCCCACAGAGCCACCUUUCACAGCAUUCGUAGGAAACCUCCCUGAUGGUGUUGUGCAGAGCGACAUUGAUGAGAUCUUCCAUGGCAUCAGGAUCAAGAGCACUCGCCUUGUGAGAGACAAGGAGACGGACAAAUUCAAAGGCUACUGCUAUGUGGAGUUCUUUGACCUUGACUCCCUGAAAGAGGCUUUGGAGUUUGACGCAGCUGAUCUUCAGGGCCGAUCUCUGCGAGUGGACAUCGCUGAGGGUCGGCGGAACGACCGUGGCGGAGGAUUUGGCAACAGGCGAGGUGGACCAGGAGGAGGAGGUUUUGAACGGGGUGGUGGCCGAGGGGGUGGACCAAGGGACGGUGGGCCCCCUCGAUACGGAGAUAGAGGAGGCCGGCCAGGAGACCGCGGGGGUUUCCAUGGAGGCUUCUCGGACCGCUCCAGCGACCGUGACUUUGAGAGGGGCCCACCUGGAGGAGGCCCCGGCGGUUUCAACAGAGGACCACCUUCAUCUCGUGGUGACAGGCGGCCUGCAGACAGCGAGGAGUUCCGGGAGCCCACAGCAGAAGAGCUGUCUCAUCGCCCACGGCUGAAGUUGCUGCCACGCACAGUGCGUGCUCCAGUGAACGACGUUGCCGACACGUCGAACCGUUCGAGCAUCUUUGGCGGAGCCAAGCCUCGUGACGAGAAGGAGUAUGAGAAGGGGCGCAAAACUUCCGAAGGUGAUGACUUGUCACAUUCGGACUCCCUGCCUGCCUUCCGCCCGUCGGGACCUUCUUCGUCUGCUUCCUCCCGACGGGGGGGACACUGAGCUUGCUGAGCUGUCGCUGCAACCACUCGGCCCUCCUCACUGGGUCCCCCACUUCUUCUUCCUUGCUUCUCUGCCCUGCUUCCGUGGGACUUUGUGCAAUGACCUUGCCUUUUAUUUCUUUCCUGGCUUUCUUUCACGGGCAUCUCUCUACCGCUACCACUCGCACCAAAAAAGUCUGUGGUGCAUUACAUGGGGCAUUAUUACAUUCGGUGGACUAGCCUGUCUACUUUCCCCUCUUCUA